AUGGCUGUAAUCUCCUCAAAAACUUUAAUCAGUCUUUUAUUCUUAUCAAUCUUAUAUUUCAAUUUGGCUUCGGCUCAACUAUUGUGUUGGCAAUGUAAUCCAUGUCCCGACCCUUUUGAUAACUCAUCGUCAUCAGUUUCAAUUGCUACAUGUACAUCAUCACAAACCAUUUGUGUGAAAAACGCAGUUAGUACACCCAGCAGUACUCAAAUAUCUAAAGGAUGCGUGUCAAGUUGCACGCCGAGUCGAUCAACUUCAUUUGGUAGUGGUGUUUCCGUUGAUUGUUGUAAUACAAACUAUUGUAAUUUAUCGACAAAAAAUGAAUUGUCAUUAACGAUUUGCAUACUAUUUAUGCCUCUCUACUGGUUGAUUGGUUAUCUUCGUCAAUAUAUAUAG